ACUUCACCGACGGGCCAGGUCUACACCCUUCCAUUGGCCACAUCUCUUGAUUAGUAUUACCUUGGACUUCGAUCUCGGUUGCCUCCGCCGGAGAUCGCCGGAGAUGACGACCUACGGGACGAUCCCCACCUCCACCGGCCCCUCCUCCUCCUCCUCCGCCACUCCCCUCGAUUACAUCUCCCGCGCCAAGGAGCGGGGCCGGUCCGCGCUCGCCACGCGGCGGCCUUGGCGGCAGCUGGCUAGCGUGCACGCCAUGGGCCUCCCGCCCAGCCUCGGCGAGGCCUACGUCCGGAUCCGCACCAACGCCUCCUACUUUGCCAUGAACUACGCCAUCAUCGUCUUGCUCGUCGUCUUCUGCAGUCUCCUCUGGCACCCCAUCUCCCUCAUCGUCUUUCUCGCCUGCCUCGCCGCCUGGCUCUUCCUCUACUUCCUCCGCGACGAGCCGCUCGUCUUCUUUGGCCGCACCAUUGGAGACCGGGUGGUCCUGAUCGUGCUCUCCGUGGUCACCCUGGUGCUGCUCCUGUUAACCAAGGUCACGUCCAACGUGCUCAUCUCCCUUCUAGUCGGCCUGCUGCUGGUGCUGAUUCAUGCCGUGCUGCGCAAGACCGAGGAUCUGGUGAUGGAAGAGGAGGCGGCCGGGCCUGGGAAGUGGUACGCGGCCGUCUCGUAGUAACACCGGACAGAACCGGUUUGGGCAUGGGUGCUUAAUAUCUUGACCUCCUACUUCUACCUAUCUAUUGUUGUGUGACUGCAUCGAUUUGCAGUAGUUUUAUGUAAUUGUUUUGCACACCAUUUGUUUGUUGUUUUGCCUGUGUGUGACAAACUUAUUCCGCAAUCCAAAAUCUUUCAUUUUUA